AUGCGUUCUUAUGUGAGAGCUAAAUAUGGAAUCUAUUUGAAUACCUCUAGUGAUAGUGAUGAAGAAGAGAAAGCUUCGCUAAUGUUUACACAACUAUAUUUGGAUGAACGAUUACGUAUUAUUAGACAACCUAUACCAAAGGAGGUACAAACACGUAGUGUAAUAACGCGUGAUCGGGUGUGGCAUGAUGCCAAAAUGAUGAAUGAUUAUUUUACAGCUGGAAUCGGUUAUACAUCUAGACAAUUCAAACAACGUCUAGGCAUGAGUGAAGACUUAUUCGAGAAAUUGUUAGGAAAAUUGCUUGAAGUGGACCCGGAAUGGCAUCAAUGUCCGGAUGCAACCGAUACUAUGGGGCAUUCUCCGCAUAUGAAAUUAGUUGUGGUGAUGAAAUGUUUAUGCAAUAGUACGCCAGCUGAUAGUGUUGAUGAUUACACUCGUAUGGGUGCUUCCACAAUAUACAAGUAUCUAAAAAGAUUUUGCCACACCGUUUGCACGACUUUUGGAGCAAGAUAUUUGUGUGAACCCACUCCUGAAGAUGUUCAGAGGUUGCUAGUUGAGAAUGCCGACCGAGGUUUUCCUGGAAUGCUUGGUAGUGUUGAUUGUAUGCAAUGGCCAUGGAAGAAUUGUCCGGUAGCUUGGCAAGGAACUUACCGGGGUAAAGAUAAAGAGAGUAGUUUGGUAUUAGAGGCGGUGGCAUCAUAUGAUUUGUGGUUUUGGCAUGCCUUUUUUGGAAUGCCUGGAUCAAACAACGAUUUGAAUGUGUUGGCACACUCACCCCUUUUUGAUAACAUGCUAAAGGGUGUAUCACCUCCAUGCAAUUAUGUCAUCAACGGUCACCAAUACAAUAUGGGUUACUUCUUAGCCGAUGGUAUCUAUCCAAAGUUGAAUACAAUUGUACAUGCUUUUUCUCAGACAUUGGACAGUCCCUACUUUGUUAAGUUUAACAAGUAUCAAAUGGAUAAAAGAAAGGAUGUUGAGCGUGCUUUUGGAGUGCUUCAGGGUAAAUUCAGAAUUGUCGGAUCUCUCUGUAAGUAUUGGCACCAAUCUGACUUGAAUCUAAUUAUGAAAUGUUGUCUUAUUUUACACAACAUCAUUAUCGAGCAUGAGCGUCGGAAUAGGGAUUUGGGCAGGGUUGUUCCUGUUCCACUUCCGGAACCUACUGUUAAUGGUCGUGUAUUUAUGUCAUCUCUGAAAAACCUAGAACUGCAUCUACAACUAAGAAAUGAUCUUGUCAAGCACAUUGCUGCGCGUCCUGACUUAGACGAAGAAGUAGUCCCAGGUCAAACCAAGGAUGGAGCAUUUGAUUAUUAUGGGGAUUAUAAUGAUCAAGUUCCAGAUGACUUUGAACAUGCUGUUGAACAUGUCUAUGGAGACGGUCAUGUGGGAGACGAAUAUGGACAUGAUGGAGAUGAAGAUGAUGAUUCUGGCGAUGAUGAGGAUUAUGACGAUGAUGAGGACGAUGAGAAUUCGGAGGACGAUGAUGAUGAGGAUUCUGACGGUGACGAUGAGGCUGCGUACGAUGAUGUGGGUAUGUAUGAUGAGGAUGAUGUUGAGGCAUAA